AUGAAAGCCUGCAAAUAUCAGCAUGCAGAGACAGCACAUGCAGCGGGAAAAUUCUUAGCUGAAGAAGAGGAGUGUGCCGGUCUUGUGAGAGGGAGUGCCCUGUCCAGUCAUGUAAUGAUAUCACUGAGGUAUGUGACAGGGGAAGAGGAGGAGGAAAUAGAGCUCAAAAUGACUCUGCAGCUUUGGUUCCUAUCAGUUUAUGUGAUAUUAUCUUGCAAAAUUGGGCAUAUAAGGUCACUUCAGCAGAAUGUGAGCUGUGAAUAUGGUGGAAACUGUGCCAAAGCCACUGACAGACAAAUGACGUGUCCGCCAGGAUAUUUCAAGUCAGGAGCUGAAUUGGAACCUCCAUCCCAGUGCUUAAAAUGUCCAAUUAAUUUCUUCAAUCACAUGGCGGACCAAAAGUCGUGUUUUUCUUGUGGAUCUGAAGCCGUGCAGCCUGAGGAAGGUCAAACCACUUGUAUAUGUCGUGGUGAGGGAAGGGUGUUUCAGCCUAGUGAUCGAAGGUGCCCCUGCUCUCCUGGCUAUCAUCUGACAGACGACGGGGCCAGUUGUGUGCAGGUUGUGUAUGAUAUCUGUAGAGAUGGAUCCACUCGAAACCAUGAAGGAAAAUGCUUAACCAAGCAGGAGUGGGAAGACUACUGCUCCAACCAGGUUUGUGCUCGACCAGAACAUUAUCAAGGAUAUGACAAGUUUCUUGGACUUUGCAUUUGUCAGACAGAAGAUCUUCUUGAUAUAAUUUGCAAUGCUAAAUGUAGAAGAAAGCAAAAAUACUUACUACAGAUAAGUUGUGCAGAAGAUACACCUCAGCUGCUUUAUGAUGACCCAUCGGGGGGAAAGGUAUUUAUUAGUACAGAGGACAGAAGGACAGAGGGGGUUAUUGUCAUUGACAACAGCAUGGAGACACUAAUCUGCUUCUUAUAUCCAGACAGAACCCAUCCUGUGUAUGUAGUCAAAUCUACAGAACAAGGAUUUCUGGGGGUUUACAAUCCCAACCCGGAAGAAAUAAAACAACUCCUAAGUGUUCAUUAUGAUCAAUCACUUUCUAACUUCUCAGUAGAAUACAGACCAUACAGAUCAGAUAGGAUUUCUGGAAUCUUGAACCCAACAACAUGUAUACACGUUAAUGACUUCAUCUUGUUCAUUGCAUCUAAACACAGCUACCCCCUGUAUGAUGUCAACAACUUGUACAACACCAACCCUGGAUUUGACUGGGGAGCAUUCCGGACACUAGCAGAGGAAAUUUGGUUGUCCUCAAAGACUCAGUUUUCACUGCUAUUCCAGUUUCGGGAGCCAGGGGUCUAUGUCCUGAAGCACAGCAAUAACCAAUAUAAAAAGAUGUACAUUAGGGUAAUGCUUGUAGGAGGACAGUGCUAUGAAGAAGGCCCCUUCUUCCCCACAAUACCCCGUCACGUCAUACGUAAUGGAAUCGGACAGAUACCUCCACUUCUAUUAAAGCCGGAUUGGCCAGCCAUUGCCGGAAUCAUCACUGGGCUAAUGAUCAUUCUCAUCACUUGCAUUUUGUUACUUGUUUGGUUUCAGGAUUUAGGGUGGACACAACAGAUUACAGGUUUUUCUCGCUUUAGAAAGCUCCAACAGAAGUUCAACUUGGAUACCUAUUCAUCCAAAGGGUCAACAGUGAUGAGCACUAAAAAACUUCACCCUAAAAUGAGAAUUAAAGGCCAUGUGGAGAAAAAAUGGGAUGAGACAGAAAAGCGAAAAUGUCAGAAAUUUCUUGCAGAUGAUGAAUUUUGGGAUUAUGAUCAGCAAAUAGACAUGGAAGGCUUCAACACACACAUGUUCUAUGAUAUUUUACUGAAGCAAUCAUUCAUGGUUACAUCCAAGAUCGGUCAUUUAAAGGAAGAGGUAAAAGUAUUCUAUGAAAAACUUGUCUAUGAAGUUAGCACCCUAAAAGACACAUUUGUGAAGCGUCUUAGUAUUAUUGGGCACCCAAAGCGAUACAGCAGUCAUGUCUUAGAAAACUACAUUAAAAAAAAGCAAGAGGCUGAAUUAGAGAUAGCCAAGAGGAAAUGUCUGGCGGCAGAGUAUGAAGACAUCCUGAAUAGGCAGUUGCACGUUCUACAGGAGGACAUGAAAUCCCAUGAGGAGCAUUGUGUUGACUACAAAGCAGCACUGAGAGAGUCCAUCAGAAUGCUGGAGCUCAUGAAAGAGAAGCCUUUAGGAUCCCAAGAGAGGGAGUAUGGAAACAAAUGGCAAAAGUACCUAGCACAGUUUGAUACAUCCUGCAAUACAAUGUACACAGCAGUGAUGAAGGAGAGUAACAGGCUUAAAGUAUGGGGUGUGCUGGGUGAAGGAACUGGAGCAUAUCUUGUGAAUAAGGACAGAACUAGAUUACUGUCUAAAAGGGAUAUUAUUGCUCACGACGGCACAGUCCUGGACAGCGACUUUGCCUUUGUGGACAAUGCACUUGGAUUGGUCAUUCCUUCUCUACAGUCAGUCAUGCUGCUGUCAAGUCACUAUCUGACUCCCGUUCCUGGUGAAUACUUUGUACAUCGUGAAACAGGGAAAGUGCUUCCAGUUGCCGGAAAUGUUGGAUACGAUCCAGUCACCUCUCAGCUGAUGUCAACUGUAGACUCAGCUAAUAGAAAUAUUUGGAAGUCUGGUGUGCCAAUAUAUCCAUAUAUCCCAUACCCUCUAAAUCCAAAUACAGGUUUACCAGUAGAUUGUAAAUUUACUGAUAUACAUAAAGCUUCAAGUGAAAACUAUACUUUAAUGGUGGAUCCAAUAUCAGGUUUGGAGGUUCCAAUUCUCGCAGUGACAAGGCAUCCAAAAACACAGCAAUGGCUGGCUCUAGGAGGCACAUAUCUUCAUCCGCUAACAAACUUAUUGUCACCUAUAGAAAUUGGAGGUCCUAUGAUAGGGGCUAGAGGAAAGAUAUUCCCAAUUUUAGGCGUUGGGUUGGAUAGAAACACAGGUGAUUUGAUUCCAUUGGGAGGUGUACGGUCUUCCUCGGGGUCUAUAUUGGUUUUAGGAGACCUAUUCUCUGAGCCACUGAGUGGGAAGAAAGUUUGUGUCCAGGGCGCAGUCCUCCAUCAGGAUAAGGUUCUGCCUCACGCUGGGGGCUUCCAGGCGUUCCUAGACUCAAACCUGAUGAUGGCGCAGAUUGCUGUCAUAGACUCCAUGAAGGCUCACAGGGAACUGUUCUCAGAGGAGCCACCUUUAGUCAAAGAGGAUUUUGAACAUGCUGAUAAUGCUCUAACAAAUGCAUUGGAGACCAUGGAAAAAGCAUUUUCGAUAAGGAACCAAUAUCUGAUGGCGAGGAUGCACAAUAUUACUAGUCAGCACAAAAUGGUGGUUGAUAUGAAAUGUUACGGAGGGAGCUUAGGAUUAAUUAGGUACAAUAAGACAGAGCUAUGGAUCCCAGCUGUACUGGGAAUGGAGAUCCCAGAUCCUGGACCUUCAGACCUGACUGUCCCAGUUCUUGGUGUUGAACAUGAUUUUAAUAAGGGUCAUCUAGUCCCACUGGCUGGAACAAUGGAAGAUGCUGAGGGGAGAGGUCUUAUUCCUAUUAAAAUUGGAGCUAAAACAAUUGACCCAGUUACAGGGUGCAGCUGUGCAGUGGUGGGUGCUCAAACCAAUCCAUUGUCAGGGAUUAUAAUGCCAGUUCUGCAGCCACAGGGGAUAGGAAAAGAUAAAGAUCACUACCUGUUGGAAGCUCUUCGCAAUGAGUUACGCGAAAGAGAGAAAUAUUGGCAAAGUCAGAAGAAGAAAGAAGAGGAACUUCUGAAGGAGCUAAAUAUCCUUAUCCUCUAUGUCCUUGAUGUAACCAGGGAUGGGAAGAUUCAUAAGAUUAGUCUGAGAGACCGAAUUCUGUCUCUGGAGGAAUCCUGUCAAUCACUUGAAGAGGAAUCUGUAUCUGAAGCCCAGCGAAGAACUAACUGCAGUGUAAACUGUUUAUCUAUCAAGAUGAGUCACUUACCUUUUCUAGGAGACAACACAGAAGAGAAGGAUCAGCAGCUAAUAUUUUACCUAGUUGUCAGGAAAGCCACAGAAAAAAUUAUGGAAUUCAUUGUCAAAAUGGAGCAGGAGACUGAGAGAGUAAAUGUCCAGUUGGGAGAAUGGCAGAAGAACAUGGCGGAGACGAGUGAAGACGUCACUGACUCGAGACAAGCCAUGGUCAUAAUACAUUUCAUUAAUGACUUUGAGGAUUAUAUCAUGAAAAGAUUAACAGAGGCAGACUGUGCCUAUUCCAGACUGGAAUAUGUGAGAAAACAGAGAAAACUACAAGGAUCUAUGGCCAAGUCCUAUUUAUUAGGUACAUCACAUCUUUACAUUAACCUGCAAAGAUCAUACUGGAGUAUUACUGGCAGAGAGCAAAGGAAUAUUGGAGAAAUGUUGAUUCCCAUGUUAAAGCAUCUAAUUCAAGUCAUGGAGGAAAAUAGGACUUGUGUAUCGCCGCCUGACCCACAUGCUCCAGUAUCAGGUUAUUCAUCCAGGAGUACAUUAAAAGCAUCAGCUGCUAAUUCAGACAAUUUCCAAAUUUCCCCCAGUACAGCUGAUAAAACAAAACCUUCAACCAAUAUCCCCACUAACAGCACAGAAAUAUAUCACAGACAUCAAGGAUAUUUAUUCAGAUUUCUUACAGAAAAGCAAGCAAGUGAACUCAUUCAUCUAGAAUGGAUUUUGCUCACAGAGGAAAUAAGCCAAAUUUGGAACUUUUAUGAAUCGUACAAAGUUAAAUCAAAUGUAUCGAGUCUGAUGACUGAAGAGAAAGAUAAGCUCCAUGGUAAGGACCAGGCACUAGGUAUGAACAGUCAAUGGGAAAAACUCAUCUUGGAGCUCACUGACGUACACAGAACUGCUCUGAAGGCCCUGCAUGAGAAGCAUCGAGAAGAAGUGAAGAGUAUGGGACUGAACCCUGACACACUCAUACCUGCAAGUUACUUCAACAGAGAUGUUAAAGAGGCCAUACUGCAAUUGGCACUGGAGAUGCAGUCAGUCUAUCAGCAAGGAUCACAUGAUGGCUUCCAGGGGGUAUCAUCGACAGACGCUAAAUUAUUAACAUAUGAUAAAGACCCCCAACAUUUGCUUUUCCACACCUUAGCUGCAAAGUUCGUAAAACAGGAGCUGCUGUUACAGAUCCAUAUGUAUAACAUAUUUGAUGCCUACUGUAAAAUUCAAAUUGAUAACGGUGUUGAAGAAGUACAGAAGAUAUUAUGUAAGAUGAACCUGAUGCCCUAUCAUGGAAAAUCAGCUGCCAAAGAAGCUGCAAAGAUGAUAGAGAAUCAGCAUGUAGAAAAGAUAAUCAUAUUCUUAAAGAAAUCAUAUAAAGAACAAGAGAAUCAGAUGUCACUGAAUGAGAUGCAGUCACGGCUAAAGGAAGAACACUGUUUAUUAACAGAGCAACUGCUGCGAGGAAAAGAAAGCUCAUCAUUGCAAGAGAUGACAAAGUGUCUAGAAACUAAGAACCAUAUGGACCAUUCAGUCUGCUUUGUCCUAUCUCAAAGGCACUUUCGACAGACCGUUAUUCUUCUACAAGAAGUUUUCAAGACCCAAAAACAAGAUCAUGAAAAACUUUUGAGAAAAUGGGAUGAGUUUAGUAGUGUUGUCACUGGUCAAGAAGAAAUUCUCAAUCUACUCACCAACAAAGCAGAAGCCAAAUUGUUACUUAUGGACUUGCAGCAUGUCAUAAAGAGAAUACAACUAAAAGAACGCCAUCUGGGAGAAAUUGCCAGUGGAUUAAAAGAAUUCUGUUCUGACAAGGUUAACAUCCUUUCCUGUGUGGAGGAAGCCCAUUCUUUGGAAUAUGAACUUAAAUCCGCUGUAAGGCAGCAACUGAAAUGUCUAAAAGAAGAACUAGAAGAAUUAUCAGGAUGCUCACAGUCUGAACAACAGUCUGCUGUAGAGGAAAAAAAAAUUCUAAAACAUUUACAAGAAAAGCAAGCAGAGAUAGAACAAGCUCACAGAAAGCAAAUUUCUGAAGAACAUCUUAAACUUCAGGACCAGCUAGAACGUGGGGAACUCAGUGGCUUGAUGAAACAGAAACUUAUUAGAGAACAUGAUGAAACCAUAGCAUUCCUCCAGAAGACUCUUCAGCACGACCUUGAGAAACUGAAAUUAGGAGAAGAACUGAAGAUAAAUGAGAAGCUCCCAAAGGAUACCCAUGACCAUCCCAACAUAGAUACAGAUGCACCAGCUGGGAAGAUCAACCCACAAAACAAUGACCAGAAAAUUCUGUCUUUACUGAAUGACUAUAUAAAUAUAUUCCACCAAACAGAACAAAUUGCAGCUGCAAGAAUAACACUUCUAGGCCCCUGCUUGUAUCCCUCCAUGUUUCCUCCAGAUGGGGAUACAUGCAAACUUGUAGAGCACUCGCCAAUGCUAACUCUGCUGAAGGAAGUGGACAGCCAGCUACGAGCAAGUGCCCAAAGUGCAAAACUGCUUCAUAGCAACAAUAACCUGGGUGUAGAAAACUCAUUCCGAGAUGUUCAGGAUCUACUAUCCAACUGCAAAGGUGACCUAUCACCGAUAGAACCUACAGAUCUUUCUGCAAGAGAGCUUGUCAUAUAUGAAUAUGGAAAGAACAUCUUAGAGCUCUUGAAGUCACAUAUUCAUGCCUCCAUGUCGACUUCUUCAAAUCAAAACAUACUGUAUAUUGGAGAUCUAGAUUUCCAUAUCACAUCUUGUCUACCAAGCAAUAGUUAUAAAGGAAAUGCCUUUUCUCACUCUUUCUUUUACCAGAGUACUGAGAACAAACUCUUUGUAUCUCGUGAAUAUCUCCAGUCUGUUGGAAGCUUUAUUCUGCUGGUUGUACACUGCAUUUGUCACAUAGUUGCUGGUGACUUUAAUGACGAUUCCAACCCAUUUUUCCAGAGAACUUUGUAUCAGGCAUUAAAAGUCUGCUUAGCUGAAGGGUUCUUCACCAGAUUUCAGUUGCAGUCAUCUCAUUCACAAUGCAUUAAAUCAGAAUGUAUGGAUGGCAGUGACCUACAAGGAACAAAUUUGUUUAGUAAGGAAAAGGCAAAUUUACCGUCAACUUUGAUAUCACCAAAAUCAGGCAUCUCAACAUAUUAUAAGCCUCUGAAGACUUUUGAAGAAGUUCAUUGUCAGAGUGAAGUUGAGACAAUACUCAGGAACAAGCUGGCUCCCUGGAAAUUGCAAUUCUUUACUAGCUGUGAACCCCAAACCUGUCAUGCUAUCAGAAAAGAUGAUAAAGAAUGGAUUGAAGCAGAAUAUCUUCAGGAAGAGCUAGAUCAACUCAAUGCUGAAAUGGCUCUAAUACUAAAAAAAGAAAUUGAUAUAAAAAGAAAUGUAAUUGAUGUGGAUGGAAACUGUUACCACUUACAAAUGAUACUAGCUGAAAAAGAGUGCUUGAAAAAUAAGAUAGUGAAGAUGGAAAAGAACAUUCAAUUGUUAAGCAGUAUGGUUUAAUUUAUUUAUCUCUAGAUACUACCUCUCAAUAUAUUAUUUACCUUUUCAGUAUUGUUUUGCAUUGUUUAUGAAUCCAGUGGUAUAAAUUAAGGACAGCAGGCUAGUGGUGUUGCUAGGGUUGGUGUCACCCAUUAUGGUAAAAAAUGCUGUCAAAUCCCUGAUCACAUUACAAUACCAAGCAACCUGUAUUUUAACACGCAUGGAAUACGCAUUGAAGACCAAGUUACGUGCAUUUUCUGGGUUUAAUCAAACAUAUAACAUUUUUACCUGGGUUCAACAUAAAUACACAUUGAAAGCAUUAAGUGUGAAUACGAAAUAGCCAUCUAAGGCCAAGUUUCAUAUAUUUUUGGAGUUUAAUUAAACAUAUCGUAUUUGUACCUGUGUUUAACAUAAAAAACACAUUUUAAAGCAUUGAGAGUAAACAUAGAAUAGCUAUAUAAGGCCAAAUUACAUGUAUUUUCCGGGUUUAAUCAAACAUGUAGUAUUUCUACCUGGGUUUAAUAUAAAUACACAUUAAGAUUAUUGCAGAAUAGCUAUCAAAGGCCAAGUAACAGGUACUUUCUGGGUUUAACAUAAAUAUGCCUUUAUAGUGUUGAGAGUGAAAGGAUAACAUUUAGGGGAGUGACAAAUCACCCCAAAAACAUAAAAAAUAACCACCAAAUCCUUUUUAAUAAAAAAUAUCUCUGGAAAAGGAAUUGCUAGACCAGGUGGUGGACAGAGCACUCCUGCCAUGUCCUCUGCAAAUAAGAAUCUUGGUGACAGUACUAAUACCAGUAUGGGUAGCAGCGGCAGUCAGGUGUCUGGUUGUAGUAGCAUCAGCCGCAUUAUCAUGCAAAAAUUGUCCAUCAUGAGUAGUGUUGCUUGCGAAUAUUCGCAAUGCGAAUUUUAUUCGCGAAUAUCGCAUAUUCGCGAAUUCGCGAAUAUUCGAGAAUAUAGCACUAUAUAUUCGUAAUUACGAAUAUUAUUUUUUUUUCACAGUACACAUCA